UGUUCCAGAUCAAACUGUCAGUCCAGUAGUACCGGCGGCGAGUGCAGCUUGGGCGGUCGAAUGAUGAGCGGCGCCGGCUGCCGUAGCACCCCGCGCCCUUGCCGGCAGCCCCGCCGAGAUGGCCGCACUCUCCUGCUACCAGCCCUGCAGGUCGCAUCUCGCGCAGCCUGCUAGGUGUCUAGACGACGAAGAAGAUUGUCAGCAAGUGAACUUCUCGCUGCGGAGACAGCAGUUUAUCGAGAGAUGUCACGAGGCGCGAGGUCAGCGCCCCCGUGACUCCAUCCCGGAGGUCUCCGUCAAGAGGACCAGGGAGGAGCUGGCAAAGCAUGCCUCGCAAGCCACACCGCUAAACCGCCGGCUCAACGUGGAAGCCGGCUGGUCCAAGGUCGAGGAAGUGAGAAAGAAGUUCGAAGGAGCUGCUAAUUGCCCCUCGUUUUCGAGGUCUUUUGAGUCGCCGCCCAGGCGUCGUCUCGCAGACUCGUUGUUCGCGAGUUUCAAACUACCGCGCAAGUCGAGGGAAGGCAUGGCGGCCCCCAGGUCCCUGGCGCCGCCGCAGCAGCAGAAGAGGAAGUCUGCUGUCGAACUGCUGGCAGAGACUAAAGCCUUCUACGUCAAGUCCGAGACUGUGCUCGAUAGGAAACAGGAACUACCGUUAAGGAUGAGCAGUGGUCUGGGCCAGGCGAUCGCAGCCGGUGGCUGUCACCUGGUCAGCUCCGGCACUCUCAACCAAGAUGCUUGCUGUAAUCCUUAUGCCACGACCCGCAGUACGGGCGCGCGGCGCGCAGUGAGCGCGGGCGAGGGCCUGCAGAGCACGCUGCGUCGCCUGCUCGACCAUGCAGACAGCCGGGAGAACGUCUACUCACCACCCUUCGCUGUUUGUACACUGUCAGCGCACAAAGUAUAUGCUGACACGAGACGACUAAAAGACUCCUACCCAGAACGGGAGACCAUGCCUCGGUCACAGCACAACUCUGGAACCUUCUCGGGAACAUUCUCGGGCACCUCCUCAUCGGGCACCUCAGGGUCUAAGGCUCAGAAGUCAGACCCUGACCAUAGAGAGAAGAUGAACAGGCCCCUGAGUUUUGGAGACGCAAGGGUCUUCUUCCCGGAGUCAUUUGUGAUACCACGGCAGAGGGCCAGCGAAGUCGUCAUCAAGGGUGGAUACUCUAUGCCGAGUUCCCACUCGAGUCCAGAGAACAUGGAGCUACCUGAACCAGUGGUGAGUGGGUCUGGGUCACCAGCGGACCCCAUCCCCACCAUCAGUCCGCCGGCGCAGUAUGCACACUCCGCACCUCGGUAUAUCAGGUACCAAGAAUCGAACUCCCACUCCCAGCCAAGUAUGCGCGAGGACGACAGUGGCUGCCCCAACAUCAACAGUCACAAGUCGCUGCCAGACUUGCACUCGCAGACCAGGUGCUAUCCGGAACACGCCAACGCAGGCCACACAGACACCAUGGGCCGGUCCCCGCGGCGCCGGCGCCACUCCACGCACCAGCGCACCGCGUCCUGCUCCUCCAAGGGCACGCGCUCCAACCACUCCUCACUCAUGUCCUCCUGCGAGGCCUUCUCAGAACACCCCUCGCCUGGAGAAGAGAACUACCAGUCUUAUAAUAGUCGAUGCGGUUCCUCGUUCGCCCGCGACUCGGGCGGGUCGAGCGGGCACUACACGCAGCGCAGCGCCCCGCACGCGGCGCCCGCGCGACACUCGCACCGCCGGACUGACUCCGGCUCCUCCACGCAACACGAACACGAACACGCCAGGGGCUACAACUCGUACGUGUCGGAGUACGGCGCGCCCCUGGAGUGCUACGUGUCCGCGCCCCCGCAGUUCCAGGACGGCGCCCCCGACCCGCCCGCGCCCCCCGCGCCUCCCGCGCCCCCGCCGCACCACGCACACCACCAUCACUAUACCCACGCGCCUAGAGUCGGGAUACACUUCCAGGCGAGCGCUCCCCCGCCCCAGUUCCAGGACGAGCCUCCAAUGUACGACUAUGGAGACUACGAGUGCACCUACAAGACUCCGCUGAAGUGCCUCAACGUGGGACGCAAGGAGUACGCCAGAGAGUAUACGAGAUACCAUGAGCCGAGUACGGAGUUAGUAAACAAACAGCCGCAGUACCAGGAACUGCGCAUGCGGCCGCGACAGGAUGACAACCAGGACUACGUCAAUACCACACAGAUAUGUCCGCCGGAAGAAGUAACGUCACCACUGGGUACAUUCAAACGACAGCGAUGUUUGCGGUACAAGCAGAGACGACCCAGACCUAUACUGCGUUCUAAAUCUGAUAUCUCGGAUAGGUACAGACGCUCAGACGGACGCAGCCCUGCAUCAGCUCCAUGCGAAGGCGAGGACUCGCCAGACAGUCCAUCAGAAGAGGCCUCGCGUCUCCAAGACUUCUUCGAGAGACUAGGCCUGGAGCCCCGCCAGUAUGAUGCAUUAGUACGGGACGCUCCACCUGACAGUCCUGUGUUCUUCUCAUCUGCUUCCACUGUAGACUCCAACCAGCUCGCUGCUACUGCUGACUAUACGGUCCAAGGUCCAGGCGUUCAGAAACAAAUCUACAGGAACACAGAACCCCCUAGCGUCGUAGAACGGAACGCUCGCAUCAUUAAAUGGCUCUGUCAGUGCCGGAAGACGCAAAUGCCACCGCCGCAGUGAACCACUCUAGAGCUAUAGACAAAACUGUCACAACUACCCCUUAGAUAGGCACAGCUCUAAAGUUCGCGCCAUAAAAGAAGUCGCCCAAAAGCCUAGGAUCUAACAAAUUGUUUAGAUAAUUUGGGUUUCAUUUACGGCAUUACCGAAAAACCCAGUUCCAAACUUCGUGUAUUGCCAUACCAAAUAAGGCAAGUCAAAAUAUAACGUAAUAUUUUAAAAAUCUUUCUUAUACCUAUAAUAAAAACUCAUUAAAAUAAUAUUUCUGGGUGUUUUCAAAUGAUCUCAAAAAAUUCUUCUUUCAUGGCGCGAACUUUAAUCAAUUUAAUUUGAUUUGAAGUGAUGUCUUCUCUCGAAGAUUUUAUAAACACUCUGCUAAAGACGCUAAUAUUCAUUAGAAUACAAAUUAAUAAACGUAGAAAUCUCGAUAUUGAAAAUCGAUUACUGAAUAAAAAAUCGCUCAAAUGACUGAUUCGUAAAAAUCGAUUUAAGAAUGACUAUGAACUAAGUCAGUCGUAAGCUUAGUUCUACUGAUACGGAUGCGAUUACAUCAUCGAUAAUAAUACUCGACUAAACUUAAUAAUCGAUUAACGAAAUGUUACUAAAUCUAAUGAGAGAACCAAAUGUUGCUCAUACGUCGAUAUAAAAUGACGCUUAGGUAAUUUCUAAUUCCUAAAACUAAGACUAGAGUUAGGCGUUUAAUAAAAGUUAGAUUUCGAUAUUUAAAUAAUUCUUCGUUUAUAAAUUAAUGUCUUCACAAUGAUAAUAAAUAAAUAAGGUUUAAUCAUGAGAUCUGGUCCAGAUAACACAAGCUUAGCUAUCUAUUACUCAUCUUAUAACAUCAAACAAUGUUAAUAAUUUGACAGUUUGACUGCCUUAUUCCAAAAAACCGAGUACAAGUGAGCCUAAUAAUACAACAGUCAUAAUGCAAAAAUUAGAAUUGCCACUGAUCAUAAAGCGUUGUCUCUGGGCCUAAUAACUAUAACCCCGACGUGCCAAUAAUUCAAAAGGUCUAGCUCAAACUGAAGCACUGUUAGAUAUUAGUUAGGUAUUCCUAUUGCAAAAUAGGAAUACCUAACUAAUAUCUAAUAGGUAAGUCGUAAAAUAUCUAUACAACAAAGGCUGUGUGUAUCUGGAUGAGUGACACGGCGAGCGAUCGCCGUCGACUGCUGGUAUUAUCUAAGCGAUACUAGUUCAUUAGUCUGUAUGGUUGUUAAUGUAAGCGUCGACAUUAUUCUAAACGUUUUAGUAACGAUAUUGCGAUACCGAUUGUAGGCAUGGCUAGAAUUUUAAUUCAAACUAUAUUGGCCUAAAAAACGAAUCAGGCUAUAUUAACCCCAAGAUGGUAUUGACUCGAAUUCCUGAUUUCUGAACGUAUUUUUGAAUGGUCACAAUACAGUGAUGUCACCACUGUUCUUCUUAGUCGAUUAGUAAACGAUAUUAAUUAUCGACUAAAUAAAAAUGUCUAGCCACGCCCAAUUCGAUUCCAACGUAUAAUAUAUACGGAAAAAUAUUAUCUAAUAUAUUUUUUGGUCGUAAAAUUGACUAAAUGAGUUGAAAAGGUUUUUGAUUGUAAAUAGUAAAACAUAUUUUUGUCUCGACACAAUGUACAAGUCGCGAGCUUAGCCACGAGACGUGGAUAAUGUUAUUUUCGAAAAGGAAAACAUAACUAAAAUGAUAGUUUGACUAUCCUACGGUUUCUAUAUUUAUUUGUAUUUAUUAAUACGUAAAUUGUUUUGGGACACUGUUCGUUGGACGCCGACUGCCUAAUUGUACAAUAAGACAUCUCAAGGCCUCAGAAAUUGAGUCUGUUAAUUUACCUAAGUAGAUAUUUCUAAUUAUAUUACUUUUUAUACUUCUUGGGCUUUCAUAAUUUUAUUGACAAUGUUAAUCUACUCUUGUUUUUAAAUUUAAUAGAUAAUUUAAAAUGACCGAAUUGAAAGUUUGUUGAAACAGCAAAAAUGUUAAUAAUAACUUCUAUAAAUAAUUUACUUGGCAUGAUGGAUAAUGAGAAAAUCAGAAUCGAAACCAAAAUAUAUUUGUAAAAAAACAUGUUCCUUAUUAUGGAUUUGUCUGUAUUUAUAUUAUUUAUUAAUAUUGUUAUAGUUAUAUAAGACUUAUCGUACCUACAUCCGAUAUUUGGGAGCACAAAAUGAUCUAAAUAAUAUAUUUUUGUGCCAAAAAAAAUAAUAUUACUAAGCAACUAUAUUUAAUUUAAAUACUGCCUUUGUCGACUAAGUUCUGUUGUAAAAGUUAAAUAAAUAAUUUAAAGAUUUUGCAACAUACAAAUGGCAGGCUUUCUUAUCGACGUAAAUCAAUCAAGUAAAUAAAAAUUAAAUCUUUACUUAUAUAUUACAAUCCCAAUGAUUUAAUUCAAAUUAAUCUGAAAUUCAAAUAAUAGUGUAAAAAUAAUUGUUUUCCUUCUUUUCUUAGAAAAUCUUUUAAGAAUUUUAACAAGAAAAUCGUGUGGACUAAAGACAAUAUAAUAUAAUCGAAAUAAUUUAUGUUUUACGUCAUAAAGCAUAAUAUUUAACUAUCUAUAGUUCCAAUAACGCAACAAUUAAAGUAUUUAAUCAUUCAUAAUAAUAUGUAAAUAACCAUUAGACUGGUCUAAUCUCAAUAGUUUAGUUAGAAUAAGUAAAUUACGUUCAUUUUCAUGAUUUUUUUUAUGAAAUUUCGCUUUUGCGCAGUCAAAACAGACCUCUCUGAAGUGGGAUGCAAGUAUACGUAAGCAUAAUGCGUGAGAGAGACAAAACAAUGCAUUUGUUGCUUACUUCACUUCUUUGUUUGCUUGACUAUGGUUUUGUUUUACAAAAUUUUAUUUUCUGUGAUAUUGGUGUCUAGAAUUUGCGUGAAACCGUUGAUGAGUGACAACAAUUAUGUGUGGAUUGUAAAUGGAUUUUAGACAAAACAAGAUAAUAAAUAUUGUAUUUAUUAUUAUGUAUUUACUGGUGUAUUUGAGCUCACCAAAUGAAGACUCUGGCGGUUUAAAUCAUGACAUUGCUCUUUAAAAACUUUACCAAUGUGAUGUUAUAUGAUAGGAAACAAUAAAGUAUCUAUCUAUUAUUACCUAAAAUAAUUAUGAGUUCAAAAACAUCAGUCCAUUAUUGGUUUCUCUUUAGAUAUACUAAUUUCCAAUUAAAUUAAUUAACAUCGCAUUGUGAUACUGUAAUGAGUUAUAUCAUUAACAGUUUUCACUUCGCAUUUAUUUUUGUAAUUGAUUUUCUAUUCGCCGAAUCGAUUCCUGAUAGUUAGGCGAUUCCUAUCCGAUUUUGAUUUAAACUAUCACUAAAUUUUUGCGUGCAUUAUGAUUAUUUAAUUAUUUUUACAUGUUGUGCGAAAUAAUUAAGAUCAGAUAAAUGAUUUCAAAUAAGUAUUUUAUCUAAGUUACUUCAUUGAUAAAUAUGAAAUUGAAUGAAUAGAAAUUUACAUUAUAACAACUCGACUAAGGAAAUUUACCUUCAAUUUAAUUAUUCUGUCUGUAUAGUUAAAAUGUAUUGAGAAUGGUUAGCAUUACAGUAUUAGAAAGUUUAGCAUUCGAUGCUUCCAUUAAUUGUGUAAAUAAGAUUUACGUAAAUUGUUAGAAGUUUAUCGUGAAGAAAGAAUUAUAUUGUGGUCUGAUA